AUGGGGUGGUGGGCUCACCCUCCCCCCUGGUUCCCUCCCCUGGACUGGCUUCAAUUGCUAGACCCUAGAGGCUUGGGGUUAGAGAGAGCUAGGCCCUACCAAUCAGCCUCCUCUCGAGUUGUCUGUCAACUGGAGAGAGCCGAUCCAUCGCGGACGGGGCCCGAAUGCAGGUGCAGUGGUGCCUUGACUAUAUCUACGUUGGCAGCCCCCAACCCUCUCGCUGGGUCUUGGAAGAGCUUGCUACUCGACAACGACAACCUUGAAAAGAAACAUCUCAGACCCUGCGAGACUUCGACUCACCUCAAGCCUCACUCCGUUUCUGGAAUGCGAAGUGCAGCCCGUCCUCACCUUGGCCACUACAACUCUCGUCUUCACCUUAACAACAUUCAAACCUCUAUUUUCCGCCUUUCUUCCACAGACAUCAUGGCAGCCUUGACAGAACCAUCAUUCGCCAUGUUCCCUCAUCACUCCGACGCCGAGGACUUUGCCCGAUAUACGGAUUCCAACGUCAUCUUCACUUCAGGACCCAUGGACGUGAGCAUCCCUGCCGAUGCCUUCGGCUUCCAACAGCAGAGCGGCAGCCAAGAUACAUUCGCUUCAUCAAUGGGCUUUGUCGAACCCUCAUUGUACGCCGAGGCCCCCAACUACAUGCUCAACAGCCGCGCAUCACCAAGCAUGUACACAGAUGAGUCUUCAGACAUGAGACUCCCUUCAUCAAGCCUUUCCACAGCCUCGGCAGCGUCAACAACGUCUUCGGCAAUUGGAUCUCCCCAAUCAAACCAUGGCCAAAUGGGUGCAAUGCCCGAGUGGGCUCCCCAAGGCCUCGGACUCCAGCCUACAAUUGUAGGCAGUGACUACAUCGGAUCCGAUUUUGCGUCGUUUCCUAGCUCCGGAAUGGAUGAGCUCAGCUUCGAUUUCCCGGCAGCAAAGGCUUUUGUUGACCCAUCUCUGAUUCAUCCAGAGCUUACUCGCCCUCCUAUGGGGAUCCCUCCCUAUGACAGUCACUUCCAGCAGACCAAUGCCAAUCCUAAUCACACAUAUCCCACUUCUCCUUCUGCCUCUUCCUCUUCGCCUCAACCUCACAUGAUGAGGACCAAUAGCUCUUCACCUUUUCUCCAAACCACAAACUUUCAAUCCACUUUUCCCAACAGCCCUUACGGUGCACCAAUGGAUAAUCACAGUCAAACUCAAAACCACAACCAUAUCCGUGCCCCAAGCGUCACCCAAUUCGUCCCACCUACACCGGGCGAGUAUAGCAGUGACGAGUCCAAGGAGAAGCAGAGAUGCACCUAUCCCGACUGCGGCAAGACCUUCAAGGACCUGAAGGCUCACAUGCUCACUCACCAGACUGAGCGUCCUGAAAAGUGCCCCAUCCAGACCUGCGAGUACCACACCAAGGGUUUUGCUCGCAAGUAUGACAAGAACCGUCACACCCUCACACACUACAAAGGCACAAUGGUCUGCGGCUUCUGCCCAGGCUCCGGCUCGGCUGCGGAGAAGUCCUUUAACCGUGCCGAUGUCUUCAAGCGCCACUUGACUGCAGUUCAUGGUGUUGAGCAGACUCCACCCAACAGCCGAAAGAAGUCUUCUGCAGGUGCCAACUCGAACAAGAAGCUGACUGGCUAUGCUCCUGAUGCCACUGGCAAGUGUAGCACUUGCUCACAGACCUUCUCCAACGCUCAGGACUUUUACGAGCAUCUUGACGACUGUGUGCUGCGCAUUGUCCAGCAAGAGGACCCUGCCGAGGCCAUCAACGCUAAGCGCCUGGCUGAGGUUGAGAACGAUAAGGACGUUCACCAGACUCUGGAGAAGAACAACCUCCCCACUACCACCGACACUGUGAUGGCAAACCAUGAUGAUGAAGAUGCCGACAGUGGCGAUGAUGAUGAUGAUAGCUCUCCCCGAAGCAACUCUUCUCCCGCCACCAGAAAGAAGGGCAACCCUGCCAACGGUGUCCAGAAGUCUCGAGGCGUCACUCACUCCCGAGGUGGUGUCCCCUUGGGAACCAAGACUCGCAGCCGCAAGAACCGUCGCGACUACCCGUCAUCGUGGGGUUUUGAUAAGGGCCAGAUGACCAUGAAGAAGCGUGUCAUGGCUGUCUUUGAUGGUCCUCGUCGUCUUGCCAAGGACGACAUGAUGCUCUCCACCGACCAUGAGGUCCGCAUCAAGCUGUCUGAUGGCAAGUCUUAUGUCACAGACCUCGACGUUCAAACUCUCAAGCGAGCUGCUGGCUUCCACGGUGCCACCGAGGAAGAGAAGGGCCCUUGGAUCUCCGACGACCCUACUGCCGAACAGCUCAAGGAGAUGCAGCAAAUGCUCACCGCCAACACCACCACCACUACUCUAUAA